AUGAGUAGACUAUUUUCACAACGUCAUGCUACUUUGUCAGCCAUUGUAAAAACGAUUUGCAACAAAUAUGCCAAUCCAAAAACAAUAUACACUCCAGCAGACAUCAUGAGCGACAUGAAACAACAGUAUGGGAUUAAUAUGAGUUACAUAAAAGCUUAUAGAACAAAGGAAAAGGCUCUUGAACUGCUAAGAGGGAUACCACGCGAAUCUUAUAGUAAACUGCCGGGUCACUUGUAUAUGAUAAAUAUGACAAAUCCUGGUUCUGUCAUAAUGUUACAUAAAUCAGAGGACGAGCGCUUCAUGGGAAUAAUGUUAACAGCUAGCGCACAAGAUGCGACAGGUAAAAUUUUUCCACUAGCAUAUGCUGUUGUCGAUUCUGAAAAUGAUGCUUCCUCAGAAUGGUUUUUUGAAAUGUUUACACAGGCUUUUGGGGAAAGGGAAAGGAUGUGCAUUAUAUCCGAUCGUCAUGCAAGCAUAUUGAGGGGUGCUAUAAUUGUGUAUCCAGAGGUAUCUCACUAUAUAUGCAUCUUUCAUCUUUGGAAUAACAUAAAGAAGCAGUUCAAGAAGAACCAUGACUGGCUGAGAGAAGUAUUUUUUGCAAUGGCCAGAGCAUACAAAAUUAAAAAUUUUAAUCGCCUCAUGCAAGAUAUGGACAACAUUGAUAAGAGGGUAAAGGGUUACCCGUUCCAAGUUGAUUAUGAAAAGUGGUCCAUAGCGCAUUUCACUGUUAAUAGAUCCAUGGUGAUGACUUCAAAUAUUGCCGAGUCACUCAAUGCAAGAAACAGAGAGGCAAGAGAGCUACCAAUCAUGAGUUUGCUAGAUUACAUGAUGAAUUUGGUUAUGGAAUGGAAUAAUACAAAUAUAAUGACAGCAAUGAUAUUGGACUACACACACAUAGAAGCACCCAAAUAUUGUUCUGCCUAUUACACCAACGAAUACUUCAAGAAGACAUAUGAAGUUCCAGUUAAUCCACUUCCAGAUGAAAUUACAUGGGACCUUCCAAUAGAGGUGUUAGAUAAUUUGGUCCUACCACCGAUAGUAAAGGGAAAAUCAGGAAGACCGACGAAGUCGCGACACAAGGGACUUUAUGAAUAUCUGUAUACUGAAACAGUUACCUGUGGACUGUGUGGAAAACAAGGACACAACAGAAGAACAUGCAGGAAUGCUCAAGACAACUAG